CGCUCUUUUCCCCGUUUUCACAAGAUGCGGCUGUUUCUCUUUCUUGCCGUGGCCAUCACAGCCGUGUGUUCUAAAAAUUCCAGCACGUAUCUCAUCCUCGCCCCGUCAACGAUCCGCCCCAACAUGGACUUUACCCUCAGCGUCAACAUUCUCAAGGCCACCAGUUACGUCACGGUCACCGCCGAAAUACUAAUGGAAACAACUGUCGUGGCUAGCCGUGCGGAUGUAUUUAAAGAAGGUAAUCCGGGUACAAUCACCAUAAAAGUGCCCCCUGGCCUUACUGGAAGCAAAUUAUAUUAUAUUAAAGUCGUUGGCGGCGGUGGCUGCUUAGACUUUGAGAAAGCUGAGAGGCUCAGAUACAACAGCAAAGAGGCUUCGUUGUUUAUUCAGCUGAAUCAGGCCAUCUUUAAGCCUAGUGAUACAGUAAAAUUUAGAAUUUUCGGCGUGAAUUCAUAUCUGCAGUCCUACAAAGGAGCAAUGGACAUUUCUAUUUAUGAUUCACAAGACAACAAGAUCAAACAAUGGGUCAAGGUCACUCCAGAGAAAGGGGUCAUCGCCCAGGAGUUGACCCUCUCAUCACAGCCAGUCCUUGGGGACUGGAAAGUUGUUGUGGUAGCUGAGGACAUGGAAGAAAAGAAAUCGUUUACUGUAGCUGAGUAUGUUCUACCCUUGUUCGAAGUCGAGGUCAUCAUGCCACCCUACGUUCUGACCAGCGAUUCUGACGUCACGUUUACCGUUAAGGCAAAAUACACCUAUGGUAAACCUGUCAAAGGAAACUUGAAUGUCGAAGUAAAUUUACAGGACUACUGGACGUCGUGGACCGUGUACUCGGUGGCUGUCCCGAUUGAUGGAGAAACAAGGGUGAUAGUACCCAUGUCAAAGGUCAAGGAAACUGAGGACCAACUGGAUGAGCCCACCCUAAUCGUUUCCGCCUAUGUGAUCGAGUCUUUGACUGGACAACAGAUGUCCGGUAGCGGAACCGUCACCAUGUACGAAUAUGGUGUGAUACUUGAGUACCUUGAGAACAAUCCCAAGACCUUCAAGCCUGGUCUACAGUACAUUGCUUAUCUACAAAUAUCCCAGCCGGACGGUCGUCCGAUUUGUUCAGCGAAUGAGAGCGUCACGGUCAACAUCCAAGUCUACAACAAUAGCUGGGGCAAUUUCCGUUAUUCGGACGAGCCCAUUGAUAGCCAGACCCUGAGCGUCCCAGUCAACUUGGGGCUAGUUCCCAUCCCAGUACAGAUACCGCCUGACGCUGAGAUUGUCAUUGUUACAUCACACUUUCGUGGAGCGAUCGAAACUGAGCGUCUAGAAAAGAGCCACUCCCCAAGUAGUUCGUAUCUCCAAAUCAACAUGAGAUCUUCUUCUUUAAAGGCAGGGGACACAAUCGUAUUUUCCAUCAGCAGUACUGAAGAGUUGUCUAAACUUGUUUACCAGAUUCUGUCUCGAGGCAACAUAGUAAAAUCUGGCACAAUAAACGGCAAAAACCAGAAAAGCGUCAAUUUCUCCGUCGUCUCUGAGCCCAGCAUGGCGCCCUCUGCCAGAAUCGUCGUCUACUACGUCAGACCAGACGGUGAAGUUGUCCCAGACAGUAUCAGCUUCGACAUCAGCGGCGCUUUCAAUAACAAGGUAACCGUUGACCUGGACAAGACAGAUGUUGAACCAGGAGAUGAUGUCACUGUCGUCACUACUGCUGAUCCAGACUCCAACGUCCAUUUAUUGGCCAUUGACCAGAGCGUCCUGCUGCUUAAAAGUGGAAAUGACGUCACUGCUAAUGAUGUCCACUCAGAUCUCAUGAAAUACGCCAGUCGAGGUCAUACAAAAUAUCAUGUUCAAGAGGACGCACGGGAAGUCAUAGAGGAUGCCGGGCUUGUUGUUCUAACUGAUGCUGUGGUGAACGGGCUUAACGCCCAAACUCGUGCGACAAGGCGUCUAUUUUACCGGACGCCGGGGAGGGAUCCAGAGUUUCUAGAACCAGAGCGUGUCAGGCAGAUCUUCCCUGAGUCCUGGCUCUGGACUGAUGUUUAUGUCGGAUCAAACGGCUCAGCUUCCAUCACUGCCACUGUACCAGACACCAUUACGUCAUGGGUGGUCAGCGCCUUCGCCAUCAACUCAAACUCUGGUCUGGGCGUGGCCCCAACACAAGCUCACCUGAAAGUCUUCCGACCGUUUUUUGUCAGCCUCAACCUCCCCUACUCUGUGACUCGUGGUGAGCAGCUGGCACUUCAAGCAAACGUCUUCAACUACCUGCUAGAAGAUAUGCAGGUACGGGUGACGUUGGCCGAGUCUAAACGUUUCCACAACAUUUUUAUCGACGAGACAGGAAACCAGGAACUGAAACAGGUUGAUGUUGUACAGGAGAUCAUGGUCAAGGCUGGAGAGGUCGAGUCUGUGUAUUUCCCCAUCGUCCCUGAUGACCUUGGUAGAAUUGACGUGGAGGUCAAGGCCCAGUCAACCAAGGCCGCUGACGCUGUGCGCAGACAACUCCUUGUUGAGGCUGAAGGAGUCCCCAAACAAUACAACAUCCCUGUCCUCAUCGAACUCACAGAAGGCAAAAAAACUUUCUCAAAGAUCAUUGAACUCAAUGUGCCGGACAACGUAGUGAAGGGAUCGGAACUUGUUAGAAUUUCGGCUGUCGGUGACCUGAUGGGUCCAACCAUCGCUAAGCUGGACUCCCUGCUCCAGAUGCCAACCGGAUGUGGGGAACAAAACAUGGUCAAUCUGGCACCGGAUGUCUACGUCACAGACUACCUCACGUCUGUUGAUCAAUUAAAUAGAGACGUCAAGUCUAAAGCCAUCAAUUUUAUGGAGAACGGAUACCAGAGAGAGCUGACCUACAAACACAGUGACGGCUCGUUCAGUGUUUUUGGCACCAGUGACGAGUCAGGAUCCAUGUGGCUGACAGCUUUUGUAGCCCGCGUUUUCCACCAGGCCAAACGUCACAUCUUUGUAGAUGACAACAUCCUUAACGACGCCAUCCAGUGGAUGAUACAGCAACAAAAUACGAACGGCAGCUUCCCGGAAACUGGAUACAUUUACGACAAGAACAUACAGGGUCAAGCAGGGUCAGGGGUCGGGUUAACCCUGUUUGUGCUGAUCUCACUACUGGAGAACCGCGAGGACCAAACGAACACGAAUGUUGAUGAGGCCAUACAAAAAGCCCUGGCCUACGCUGAACAGGAAGUUGCCAAGUUGGAUGAUCUCUACGUUCUCGCCAUGGCGUCUUACGCUUUCCAACUGGCCGGCAGCAACAUGACCCAAGCUGUUCUAGACAAACUGGAGGCUGAGUCAACUCAGAAGGACGGCACGAUGUACUGGCACCAGCAGGAACCCCCUAAGGUUUCUACUGACCCAUGGCACUGGCCUAACCCUGCCAAGGCCGUUGACAUUGAGAUGACCGCCUACGUCUUGCUAACCUACACAAGGCGGGGCGACUUGUUGACGGGCAAGAGCAUCAUGCAGUGGAUCACCAAACAGAGAAACGCCAACGGUGGCUUCAUAUCCACACAGGACACAGUGGUUGCCCUGAACGCCCUCAGCGAGUACGCCAAGCAGGCGUACAGCAACAAAUUAAAACUCCACAUCACCACCCAGCUGGACCCUGAGACAACCUACACCUUCGAUAUUGAAGAGACCAACUCACUUCUGAUGCAGUCUAAAGAGAAUCCGAAAGUACCUGCUCAAGUUGUAAUCAUAGCUACUGGUACAGGCAUGGCUCUUGUUCAGGCAUCAGUAAAUUUCCAUGUGCUGUCGGAAAUCGAGGCGAAAACCUUCGAUCUGAAAAUUAAAAUAAUAGAGGAAACAAUCAACUAUUUGGUUAUGGAAACUUGCACAAGAUGUGUUUGCACGAGAUGGCUAGGAAACAGUCCCAACAGUGGAAUGGCUGUCCAAGAGUUUGGUAUCCCAUCAGGCUUUGAUGCUGACCUUGAAAGUAUCACCGAACGGGACACAGUGAAGAGAGUCGAGACACAAAACAAGAAGGUCAUCCUCUACUUCGACAAGAUCGGAGCGACGCCCGUGUGUUUAAACCUUAGAGUCAGACGAGUUGAUUUUGUUGCCAAGUCCCAGCCAGCUGCCGUCAGGGUCUAUGACUACUAUGAGCCACGCAACCAGGUGACAGAUUUUUAUCAAUCACAACUUCUAAAAUAUUCCACCAUCUGUGACGUAUGUCCCAAGUGUGAGAACUGUCGCCCGGUCACCGGAAAUUUUCAGAUAUUACAGAAAACAUGGGAUGAAUGCAAAGCUCUCUUUUCGUGGUUUACAGAAAUAGCAUUUGAUAUUGUGCAUCUCUUAUAGCAAAAAAAAAACAAAAAAAAA